UAUCACUUGACUGUCAACUGAAGCUAGUUGGGAUUUUGCACAUCCGUCAACCUCAGACUCCAGACUGUCCCGAGCUCUAUCCAGCGCCUGUGGUAGCACUGUUUGCUCUCAUGCCACGUGUAUUGUGACUGCAAGGAUGUCUGUGAGCGAACUCACAAGAAAUGCGUUCCAUGGCGGCAUAUCCGCAAAGAAGUGGGCUAAUCUCUGCAAACUAUUCCUGGCCAAUAACGGGGUCCACGUUGCUACUGAGGAUGUUCAAACCGAUAUCAGCAACUCUGUGUUGGUUUUGUUCCGCAACUAUCCAGGUGAUCCCGCAUUGCAGGGAUAUCUCAAGUGUGCAAUAAAAGACGGUCUAUUGACGAUCCCGAAAUUCGUCACGACGUUCCUAUCGGCUGCACAAUCGCCGGACUUGCAUAAUACGGCCACACUUGACAUGCUGUGCAGAGUGGUUCUCGACGCACACUACGCGACGGGCCUUCCGGCUCUUGGAUCCAUAAUCCCAUACUCAGAGACGCCUGCUGAUCUCCUGGGCACAGUGCAAAAUUCCAUUUCUCUACUACGGAUGGCGCACCAGCUCCCACCGUCUCACUUCCACCAACUGGUUGCUUCUGCUUCUGAAUUGCUCACGCUUCUGAUAUCCUGUGUCAGCCCCACGGAUAUCUCGCAAAUCUCAACAGCGCAAGCGAUGAUAUAUUGUGCUGAGGCAAAUGACAUCCUUCAGAUCCAAAGUCUUCUCCCCCAUGUCAAGCAAGAGCUCGAAACGUUUGCGCUGUCGCUGAGCUUGAUGCUGGGCGACGACGCAAAAGCUGCCAGAGAAGCCCAGAUGAUGCAUACCCUACAACUAGCUUAUGGUAAAGGCGACAUUAUGGGUACAAGCGCCGACACUGCAGAUCUGGUGACAUGCGGUCUGGUCCUACAUUCUUUCGUAUUGAACAGAGCGGGCGACUUCGGUGCAGGUGAUGGCACGCAUGCUGUCGCGGAACUUGUAGCGUUGUUCCGGUGGUUGUCCUGGCCGUCCACAGCAUUCUUUUCGCAGCUGUUUCUUGCCGCUGCGUCUUGCGUAGCGCAAAGUGCAGGCCAGAGAUCGUCGAUGACGUCUUCACUCAUUUGGCGUGCGUUCGUCGUGGGUCGUCUUCCGAUAAUAUUGAGUAUGUUCAGGAAGACCGCUGAGUCCGAGGGAUUACUGGAAGGUGGUUGGCAUGGAGCAAUCCAAUUCGGGUUGAUGAAUCUGCUCCGAGUAAACAUCCUCGACAAGUGUGACAACAUCCAAGCGUUUUCCAACGGAGAUGCUGGCUUAGAGAAGCCUAUCCACUCAAGUCCCUUUGCUCUCGAGUUCUUACAUCAAUUGGUUGCUACAGAUGUUGUGGACGCAUCAUUUGCUGCAACUAUCAAUCCGACGUUAUCCAAUAGUUUCACUCCCCGUAUAACCACCGAAGCUCGUGAUGCAGGCGUUGAUGUCGCGUCAUACCUUGAGUCCAAAUUGAUAAUAGACAACACUGAUAUCGAAGAAGCCGUGUCAUUGGCGGAAAGGGUAUGCAGAGAUGCAUGUAGCCAUGCUGAAUUCGCCGCAGUUGUUUACAAGCGAUUCACCACUCUCAACCAGCCUUCUGACGUGGAAUCGCUCAGUCAUAUAUGCAAAGUGCUCUGCCGAUGCGAGCCGGCGGUCGACAUCGUCUCGGUCCAUGUUAGUCUACGAGAACUACUUGCGUCGGCGCUCGCCUACGUAGAAGACUAUGAUUGCGAGACGGUAGGUGACCCGCAAACGGCAGUCAGCUACCUAGGCGAAGUUGUACUCUUCCUGCAAGAGAUGGUCGCACGGCACAAUUUGACACGCACGAACGCGAGCAUUGGCGACCGCAAACUGAACAUCGACUUCAUUCUACCUGUUGCUACUGUGUAUUCUAUGCACGAACUGAAAGAUGAAGCCGCGGCCGAGUUUCAGGCGUGGAACAAAGCGCUUUUCGACAAGAACAGUGAAGGGAUCGAGGACAGUAUUCUCCGCAAUACUCGGCCAAAGACGUUGUUGCGGAUUACAGCGAGUCUGUUUGCGUAUGCAAUCAACAUGUGCUUGGAGCGCAAGAUGGAGAAGGAAGUCCUCGUGAAUGGAAUACAGUACUUUCUCGGAAAUCUUCUCAAUUGGACUCUAGCCGGAACCGUGAAGUGGUUGCUGACCGAUGUUCGACAAAAAGGGUUCAGCGCCCCUAUUCAUCUCGACGUUCUUCAGACGCUUUUACUCUCGCCGACGUGCCCUCAGACCGUUCUCCGCCUGUCCGCUCCCAGCAUACUCAGGUUGUUCCCAUCCGCACGCAAGCAGGAGCGCAGCCGUACGGGGCCUUUUGAUCCUUCGCCAAUCCGCCGCGCGGCAUUACAAACGCUAGGUCUUCCUGUGGAAGACGUGGAUCAGCCUCCGCUUUCACUCAAUACCCAAGGCAACCCGAGGGUCGAUCACGCGACGCACGCAAUCCGAAACGCCUUGGCCGCAGCGCGCGCAGGCAAGGCACCAGCACUCGAUCUCGACCGCGCUCUGCUCGCCACUACGCCCGCUCGGUUUCUGUACGUCCUCUGGAGAGAACUCACUGUUGCGGCGACAAUGGGCGAGAUGGAGGCAUCGAGACGCCUGGCAACCUUCAUAUUGACGACUCCGCGGCAUUCCCACUCGCCCCCUCUCCUGCCAAUCUUCUUGCACGCAUACCUACCCGGUAUUGUGACCGCGGCCGACAGUCUCCCGCCUUCUGAACAGGCGAUCACGGUGGAACUAGUCAUCUCCGUGGUUGCAUCUGCGCUGACGGGAGCCUUGUAUCUGGAGCGUGCGCUGCUCACCGUCUGCAAUGAACAAAAUCCGGUGCUCGGUCAGUCCGCAGCUGGCAUGGCUCGCAACUUCGGCAGCGAGCUACGAAGCAUGGCACAUGGCCACAAUACGAGUAGUAUGAUUGUGCAGAGGCUAGCGUCGUCACCUGCUUUUGUGACCAACUUCCCUACGUUCAUGGCAGAGUUGUGA